UUUCCUAUACUUUGCCGGAUGAACAGGGCAGUGCUGCUUCUAGCCAUCACCAAUCGUCGCCGAAAAGGAGAGCAGAAAGGAAAAAGUCUCAAAAAGGGACUGGUUGUGUGAAAUAUGAAAGUACUUACUGCUAAUUUCCUUACCUGCGCCAUCAAGGAAUGCAGAAAAUCAACAGCAUCAUUUCCACUUCAUUUUUGUGAUGCCGAACUAGUGCAACAGGAUUUAGACUUCCAACCAGAUUUUAUACGUAAUGUUCUUUCUCGGGUUGAUUGGGACAGCUUGCGGGUGAGCGCUAGUGAGCUUGGAUUUCCAAAGAUUCCUGAUACCAAACCCGAAGGCAAUGCUCUUAAUGAUGAACAAGUGCUGAGGGACCUACACCGACUGUUGUUGGAAACGCAAGUCAUGGAAGGGAAAUUGAUAUGUGGAAAUUGCGGUCAUGAGUACAUGAUCAAAGAAGGGAUUGCAAACUUUCUCCUCCCUAGCCAUUUGGUUUGAUAUCAAGGAAAUCGAUAACUCAUCACCAGCUACGGGAUGGGCAUGUUGAUUCUAAAUACUGUGACA